AAAAAAAAAAAAAUGAUUCCAGCUCCGAUCGGCGUUGAAGGACCGGGCGGGAGUCCGCUGCCCGAACAGAAGGCAGCGACUGCUCCGCGGCACGGCCCAAAGAUGGAUCCUUCGCCUUCAGUGCCUGCCCCGAAGGGGAAACGAGUCGCGGCCCCUCCCGCCCCGCCUGCCCCGCGGCCAGUGAUCAGGUACUCGCGCUUCCGCGACGAAGCGGAGCUGGCGCACCUGCAGCGCCUCAUCGACGGGACCCUCUCCGAGCCGUACACCCUCUACACGUACCGCUACUUCGUCUACAACUGGCCGGAGCUGUGCUUCUUCGCGCGCCACAAGGAGCGCUACGUGGGCGUGGUCGUGGGCAAGGUGGAGGCCUACGACAUGGGGAUGUUCCAGGGCUACAUAGCCAUGCUGGCGGUGGACCCGGAGUACCGCCACCAGCACAUCGGCCGGACGCUGGUGUGCAAGGCCGUCGCGGCGAUGAUCGACGAGGACGUCGACGUGGUGAUCCUCGAGACGGAGUGCUCGAACGCGGCGGCCCUGGCCCUCUACGAGAGCCUCGGCUUCAUCCGGGAGCAGCGCCUCUUCAAGUACUACCUGAACGGGGGCGACGCCUUUCGCCUCAAGCUGGGCCUCAAGGCCGACGUCAUGGAGCCGCCGUCGCCGGACUACCACACUGAGGAAUGCUGAAUAUCCUCCUCCUGCCCCCCUCCUCCCAUGUCCUCCCAUGUCCCCCCAUGUCCCCCCAUGUACAUAUAUAUUGUAAAUUAAUGUUUUCUGAA